GUGUCACAGGAAAUGGCCCCGGGAGCUCAGAUAAGCUGAAGGAACCCCAGUAGCUGGGAGGACAGAGAACGGGUGGCAUUGCUCCCACCUGCCCUGCCCAGAAGAGCCUGAGAGAGUGACCGAGCCUGAGCCUGCUAGAGGCGGUCUUCAGGCUGAGAGGGGCUCCCCAAGUCCCAGGACAGAGCAGGGCUCACCAUGCUGCUUGUCCUCAGCCUGCUCCUCCUCACGGGGCUGUCUGUGGGCACCGAGGCAGGUGAUAAGGAACUGACCCUCGAUGCUAAAGCAGGAUCCUGGGUGACAGUGACCCUGGAGGAAGAUGGCAUUCCCAGCAUUCAGCUCCAGCUCCAGGAGGUGAAGCGGGGCAAAAACAGCCAGUUCUUUGGGCUGAUGGGGAAGCAGGUGGGAGGAACACCUCCCAUCCAGCCAGAGAGAACAGGCAGCCUUCCUCUGCUGUGCUCUUUCUUUCUUCUGUAUGUCCUCUCUCCAUCACCAGGGUAUCAGCGAGGACCAGUGAUCCAGGGUCUCCUGAGCCCGGGAGGACCAUCUACAGAAGGCAGAGAGGACAAGGACCGCGGGUCAGAGUGAGAGCCCCCACCGCACGCCUCCCAGAGGACCAAACCCCUUCUCCCCACGUGGACAUAACAGCGGGCCAGUCAGGCCAGGCCGGCUCUUCUCCGUGUCUCCUGUGCUCAUCGCUGGCGUGUCCCUCCCACCAGGCCUUCCAUGAACUCACUGGGCUCUUUCUUCCCAGGGCUCUGGGUCUCAAGCGCCACAUUGUGCUUCCAUGCAAAGUUGUCACCACUGUGAGCUAGUGCCCUGCGCCCCACCCCUUCCAGCAUUCUAUUCAAACCUCACCUCCUAGCAGGAUUCGGUCUCUCCACUCUGUCUCCUAAGCCCAGAACCCAGAGAGAGCUCAAUAAACCAAUGAAGAGUGAA